CUUUAAAGAAUAACAUUCCUCUUACAAGUUUUCAUGACGACCAUCAUGUCCGGAUUACAUCUGCUUUUGCGUUUUAUCUCACUCUUUGUCAUCUUUACUUCAAGCUUCACUCUUGUUGUUGGACUUUCCGGUUGCCAUCCCGACCAGAUUCAAGCACUUAAGCAGUUCAAGAACGAGUUUGAUUCCAGAAACUGCAACCAAACUGAUUACCUUAAUGGAGUUCAGUGCGACAACGCCACUGGUGCCGUCACCGAGCUACAACUCCCAAGUGGCUGCCUCACUGGAGUUCUCAAGCCAAACAGUAGCCUCUUCCAUUUGCGUCAUCUUCGUCACCUAAAUCUCUCUCACAACAACUUCACUUCCUCUUCACUCCCUUCCGAGUUCAGCAACCUCAGCAGAUUAGAGGUUUUGUCUCUUUCCUCUAAUAGCUUCAUAGGUCAGGUUCCUUCCUUAUUUAGCAAGCUAACAUGGCUAAACCAGUUGGAUCUCUCACAUAACCAGCUCACUGGUAGUUUCCAACUUGUCCAGAACCUCACCAAGCUUUCUAUUUUAGACCUUUCUUAUAAUCACUUCUCUGGAGCCAUUCCUUCUUCUCUUCUCGCUCUGCCUUUCUUGACACGUCUUGAUCUCAGUGAAAACUAUCUCACUGGCUCCAUCGAAGUUCUUAACUCUUCUUCUUCACUAAGGCACUUGUCACUUUCCCAUAACCAUUUCGAAGGGCAAAUACUAGAGCCUAUCUCAAAUCUUAUAACCCUCAAGUUUCUUGACAUUUCUUUCCUAAACAUAAGCUACCCAAUUGACAUUAAAAUCUUCUCCUCUCUCAAAUCUUUGUUGAAACUUGUUCUUUCCGGUAAUAGUAUAUCAUCAACUAGUUUAGGUUCAGAUUCAGAUGUCCCACUGAGCCUAGAGAAGUUAGGUUUGUCUGGCUGCAACAUCAGAGAGUUUCCAAACUUCUUAAAGAGCCUUCACAACUUAGAGUAUAUAGACAUUUCCAACAAUAAAAUCUUAGGGAAAGUUCCAGAGUGGUUGUGGAGCCUUCCUCGUUUGAGCACAGUAACUCUUCUUAAUAACUCUUUCACAGGUUUUGAAGGUUCAACCGAAGUUUUAGUGAAUUCAUCUGUUAGGAUUUUGGAUUUGGCCUUAAACCAUUUUAAAGGACCAUUUCCUAAUCCACCAAACUCUCUCACUGUCUUAUCUGCAUGGAACAAUAGUUUCACAGGGAGCAUACCUCUUGAAAUCUGCAACCAAAGCAAGCUUGCUCUUCUUGAUCUCUCUUACAACAACUUCUCCGGUUCAAUUCCUCGAUGCCUGAGUAAUCUACAAAACUCUCUCAUUGUUGUGAAUCUCCGGAAGAACAACUUGGAAGGAAGUCUUCCAGACAAUUGCCAUGAUGGUGCCUUGCUUCGGACACUUGAUGUUGGUUUCAAUAAACUAACAGGGAAGCUUCCGAGGUCUCUUCUGAAUUGCUCUUCUCUAAAGUUUCUAAGCGUUGACAACAACAACAUCAAAGACACGUUUCCUUUCUGGCUCAAGGGUUUGCCUAAUUUGCAAGCCUUUACUCUCCGCUCAAACAGAUUCUACGGUCCUAUAUCCCCUCCUGGUCAAGGUCCUCUAGAGUUUCCGGAGCUACGCAUACUUGAAAUAGCAGAUAACAAAUUUACAGGAAGCUUGCCCCAAGAUUACUUUGUGAACUGGAAAGUUAUGACUGAAGAUGGGAGUUUGUAUAUGGGAGACUACAACGAAAUUCCUGGCUAUAUCUAUGAAGAUACCAUAGAUCUUCAAUACAAAGGUCUAUUCAUGGAGCAAGGGAAGGUUCUUACCUCAUAUGCCACCAUUGACUUUUCUGGAAACAGACUUGAAGGACAGAUUCCUGAAUCUAUAGGCCUCUUGAAGACAUUGAUUGCACUUAACUUAUCAAACAACGCUUUCACGGGACAUAUUCCUCUGUCUUUGGAAAAUGUUACGGAGCUUGAGUCACUAGACCUGUCAAGAAACCAACUAUCAGGGACUAUUCCUCGGGGACUCGGGAGCCUUUCCUUUUUGGCGUACAUAAGUGUGGCUCAUAACCAACUCAAAGGUGUAAUACCACAAGCAACACAAAUUACUGGGCAGCCUAAAUCUUCCUUCGAAGGGAAUGUGGGUCUUUGUGGUCUUCCUUUAGAGCAAAGUUGCUUUGCGCCACCAACACGACAACCAAAGGAAGAAGACGAAGAAGAAGAUGAAGGAUUAUUAAACUGGAAAGCUUUGGUCAUAGGGUAUGGACCUGGAUUAUUGUUUGGAUUGUUAUUAGCUCACGUUAUUGCUUCAUAUAGGCCAAAGUGGUUCGUCAAGAUAGUUGGUCCGGAUAAGCACAUGGAAACAGAUCCAGUUACAUUGUUUAUGUCUAUGGAUUCAAGAUGGGACAGUUUUAAUAAUAAGAAGAGUGUAGAAAGUACUAUGUAAGAAGUGGUCUUACUAGUUUAUGUAGCCUUUGUUCUCUUUAAAGGAACCUCUCUUUUGGCUGAUGGUGGUCUGAAAGGUUUAUGAUAUACUGCUUUGGUUAUUA